AUGCCGAUGGUCACUCCGAAGCGGCCGGAGGACUACCUGCCCCCGGGCAUCAACCUAGAGCCCUGGGCCGCAGACAAGAUCGACGUCGCUCCGACCUAUCCCUACAGCCACGGGUUCAAGCACAUGUGGGAUCGCGGCAUCCAGCCUCGUUUUCCCUUUGGUUGGGGCCUCAGCUACACCAGCUUCCAGCACUCCGGCCUCUCUGCGGAGCUGAACCUCCAGAAUGCGCGCAUUCUCGUGCGAACAGAGGUAGACAAGGCGUGUGCCAAGCGAGACGCAGCGAAGGCGAAGGUAACCAAGUACCAGCUCAAAGUUGACGCGAAGUCCGGGAAGUCUGGCAAGAACUCCAAGAAAGCCCCCCCUGUACAGAAGUUGAAGCGUGUUCCCUUGGAGCAUGGGAAAUGCCGCGCGUGCCAGCAGUAUGCCCGGAUGAAAGCCGGGUUGAUUACCAAAGUUUCAGCUGAGCACAGCUGCGCCAAAAGGCGCAAGCUUAAGCAGGAGGCCUCGGAGUCUGAGAGUGACUAA